AUGUUCCCGGAGAACUCAAAGGCAGUGCCUGUCACCAAGCCACACACUCACCCAAGCGGAAUUAAACAGGUGCAGGCACGGACAUGUCGAGCACCGAACCGGCACGGACAUGUCGAGCAUCGAAAGCAACGAGACACCCACAAGCGGCAGGAAACUGAAGACCCACCGGGCGGCAACAGAAGCAUACCGACAGCCCCAGGGAACCGGCACGGAAACCGGCGGACGCACAACAGCCCGACCUCCCACCAACCUAACAGCGAGGGCUUACCCACAAGAGGCCAGAACCACCAGACUCACAGCCUGCCAUCGAAGACCUGCUCCCUACCCGCGCAAGGCAUAGUCUGACCGGCAAAACAGGAGAGAGGAUGGCCCUGACGGAACAACGGUUCCCAC